GAUGCGGGGUGGGGGUGUACUGUGAAUGCGGGGUCUCGGGGAGAGCGGAUAUAGUGAAUGCAGGGUCCGGGGAGAGCGGAUAGAGUGAAUGCGGGGUCCGGGGAGACCGGAUAUAGUGAAUGCAGGGUCCGGGGAGACCGGAUAUAGUGAAUGCGGGGUCCGGGGAGACCGGAUAUAGUGAAUGCGGGGUCCGGGGAGACCAGAUAUAGUGAAUGCGGGGGUCCGGGGAGACCAGAUAUAGUGAAUGCAGGGUCCGGGGAGAGCGGAUAUAGUGAAUGCAGGGUCCGGGGAGAGCAGAUAUAGUGAAUGCAGGGUCCGGG